AUGAAGAUCUCCUCUGUUCAACCUCUUCUACUAGUUGUUCUCGCUGGCACAGUGAAUUUGUGCUUGGGAACCUACCAACAUUGCGCUACUGAUCUUCGUGAUCGAAUCUUGAUAGAGUUGAUUCAUCCUCAAGCACUUGAAGACAGCUGUGGAAGGCUCAAUUACGAAUUGUUCAUUGCAGUGGAUAGAGACCACUUGGGACUUUUUGCUCAGCCCACAAGGGAUCUUCCUGAGGGUGAUGUCCAAGAAGAAAAGUGUGGACCUGUCUUCUUCCACCAAAAAGACCCUGCUACCAAGGAAGUUGGUCAAUCCAGCUUGAAUAAAUUUGCUCCUGGUGCUCUCUACCCCCUUGGAGACCAUGACAUGAGUGACCUCUUGGAGGCUUUUGAUUCUGUGCCAGUUUCCGAUGCCGAGUAUGACAUCAUCAAGCACCACUGUGCUUUGUUGGUCCUUCAUAUGAUGUGCUCUUUGGAGAUUCCUGUUAUCCAGCAAAUGUUAGAUUGGGUUGGUGAUGAGCUCAUGAAAACCAACGAAGCCCGUGACCACAUCAUUUCUCUUGCUCAUAACAGUACCAACUUUGAUGUGCUUGGAAUGGCCCACAAUGAGUCUACAACAACUACCAUUCGUACUCUUGUGGCCUAUGAUGCUGACAUGUUCUACUGCACUGCCACAGAUGUGAAACAGCAAGUCGAGUGCUCUGGUGCAAGCAAAGUGUUUAGCCUCUUGUCUCUCGCUCUUCUUGCUGUUGUGACUGGUUUCAUUGCUGUCUGA